CUCAUGAACACGUCUCAGUCCGUCUUAAACAUUUUAUUUUAUUUUUGGUUUGGCUGUUCAACGUUCAACUUUAACUUUGUUAGCAACUUAGCACCGUCGUGUGAAAGAUUUUAACUGUUGUGGUGAAUUGCGAUGACCUGGUCAAUCGUUCAUUUUGUAGUUGACGAUACUGUGGAGGUAGUUCCUUCACAGUGGAUAAAAAAAAAUGGUUACUGUGCAUGGCCUAAGACUUUAAAAAUUAACGAUGUCAAAAAACUAGUACAAAAUAAAGUACGACCUAAUAAAUUUGAUUUUAAUUUAUUCAAGGCUCGUUGUAUGGCUGGUGACAUUGAUAACUAUUUAAGUGCUCAAAAAAAAUGUGAUAUCGCUAAAUACAAAACGGAUCUUUCUUCUACCGAAGAAAUGAUAAAGAAACGUAAAAAGUUUAAAAACAAAAAGCAAGUUUCCAGCUCAGAAUCUGACUGUGAAGAAUCUGAUGAUAAUAUGUCAAAAGGCAGUAGUAUUCCUCGUUAUCUUUCAGAUCCGGAAUCUAGCCCUCAAACAAACUCUCAACGAAAAAAUAAAAAUCUUGUACUCGAUGGUGGCAGUAGUAAUUUGGUCAAAAGACGCCAUGGUUGGUCUCCAUUAAAACCAUUAAUUAAUAAUGACGAUUUGUUAUUAGCUGAAAAAAGUAUUUUGUCGGAUAUAACUGAAUCUCCUCUGCAAUCUGUAGAUAACAAGUCUCCACAGUUAUUUUCUGCGGAAAAAAACCGUGAAGCAUCAUCAGACACAAAUCACAAUUCUUAUGUAAAAAGAAGAUUAUUUGCGGCUGAUCCUCAUAAAAAAAAAGAAGCUACUACAAGAUCACCAGGCAUUAUCUCAAAACAUCAUAAUGGUGAUUUUGACUGUUCUCAAUUGAUAAUGACUCAAAAUAGAUCUUUGCCUAAGACACUGAGUGAUGAUUCAAAUACUUUAAAAUCAAAAAAAUUUAUACUUGAUGAUAAUGAUGCUUUCAAGAAAUCGGUUCUCCAUCAAUUAUUGACAAUUAAAUUUGAAAUACGUUCUAUGGAUGAAAAGUUAAAUUUUAUAUUAAAUGUAGUUGAAAAUGACAAAAAAGUGUCUCAUGCGAGUGAAAAAAAUCCAGAUUUAACAAAUUUUGAAACUGAUUUUCCAAUAAAGUCAUUUGAUGAGUUGGAUGAUGUUGAAAAUAAAAUAUCAACCAACACCACAUAUCGUUUGCAUUUGGUUCAAUAUAUUUCCUCUGUGGGAGGACUCACUGUGAAAAUAAUGGUCAAACGUAUAAUAGGUUUAUUAUUCAUUCCAGAAUUGCUCACAAAAUUUUCAUACAAUGGUCGCGGUAAUAAAAAAAGGUGUUUUUAUGCGUUGUUGAUAACAAAAAUUAUUUUUGAAUCUGUGCUGAAAAUCAAAAAGUUUUCUUCUUCAGACAAUUCAAAAAAUGAAAUUGAACAAGUUUUAAAAUAUAUUUUGAUUCAAACCCCAUUCAAAUUAAAAAAACAAGAUACCGCCAAAUAUAAUAUUCAGAUCAUUGCCGAAGAAAAUUAA